AUGAGGGACCCCCUCCCUCCUCGACACACCCUGGCUGCCCCCUCCCGCCAGGCCCUGCGACCGGCAGCAUCUUCUUUUCCCUGUCACCCGCAGUCGCCUCGGGCGGGGAUCGGCACCCCGAAGCGCAAAGCGGACGUGCCCCCCCUCUUUCGUCCCCCCCCCCAAUCUCCCACCGCCCAGUCCCCGGCAGCGAUGAGACAGAGCGGCGCCUCCCAGCCCCUGCUGAUCAACAUGUACCUGCCAGAUCCCGUCGGAGACGGUCUUUUCAAGGAGGGGAAGAGCCCGAGCUGGGGGCCGCUGAGCCCUGCGGUGCAGAAAGGUAGCGGACAGAUCCAGUUGUGGCAGUUUCUCCUGGAGCUGCUGGCCGACCGGGCAAACGCUGGCUGCAUCGCGUGGGAAGGCGGUCACGGCGAGUUCAAGCUCACAGACCCGGACGAGGUAGCGCGGCGCUGGGGUGAGCGCAAGAGCAAGCCCAAUAUGAACUACGACAAGCUAAGCCGCGCUCUGCGCUACUACUACGACAAAAACAUCAUGAGCAAGGUGCACGGCAAGCGCUACGCUUACCGCUUCGACUUCCAGGGCCUGGCGCAGGCUUGCCAGCCUCCGCCCGCACAUGCCCACGCCGCCGCCGCAGCUGCAGCCGCCGCAGCCGCGGCCCAGGACGGCGCACUCUACAAGCUCCCCGCCGGCCUCGCCCCGCUGCCCUUCCCUGGCCUCUCUAAACUCAACCUUAUGGCAGCCUCGGCGGGCGUCACCCCCGCUGGCUUCUCCUACUGGCCGGGCCCGAACCCCGCCGCCGCCACCGCCGCGCUCUACCCCACCCCGAGUUUGCAGCCCCCGCCAGGGCCCUUCGGCGCGGUGGCCGCCGCCUCGCACUUGGGGGGUCAUUACCACUAGACGGGGUGGCCAGGUGCUGCGCGGCCUCUCUUGACACCUGCAGACCCGUGGCCAGUUCCCUCCACAUCCUGGG